CAUCACUCCCCGUGUCCCCCGCGACCAGCUGGGCAGCGCGUAUAAAGAGGUGGCACCAGAGAAAGAGUUGCUACUGCAGUCGAGCUGCUGGACUAGAUGUGGCUCCCCAGGAUUCGUGAGGUUCUGGAAGAAGAAAAAGCUUGAAAAGGUGAUCCACUCACAAAAAAAAGGGGAACAAUGAAGGGAAAAGAAAGGCCACCGCUUUUCACUGCGCUUAUAACUUUACUCAUUUUAGGGCCAUAUGUAAACGGUUUAAAUCAGUGUCCAGCAUUCUUCAUAUCUCCAACUUACUGCUCAUCUGAAAGCAGUUCCAAUCUAAGCUCCAUCCUGAAGAGCGGUGACUGGUGCAGCCCUUCCCUGCGGCAGUACGCCUGCGCUUCGGGCACAAAGCUGACAUCAAGUCAACUCUUCUCCAUCCUCUCGUGCUACAUCACAGAUCCUGCAGCUCUCCUGGACCAAGGGGCUUUCCUGCUCUUGUUCCAACAAGUUGACAGUAAAGUGCUGCAAGCUGCUCUGAAUGAAAUCAGUGUGCAGGUUGGCAGUGACCAGAUUGUGCCAGCCACCAAAGCCUUCAUCUUAAACGCAGCAUGGGAAGUCAUCAAGUCUGAUCCUAAGGUUGAAAAUGCAGGUUUCCUGGCAUCCUGGUUCCAGGAGACACUGCACGCCUACCUGCCUUCCAUUGGCACCGGCAUCCUGGACUGCAUGGCACAGCUCCCGGUCACCUGCGAUGGCCUGGCCACAGUGGUUCAAGCUCUGGACACGGCUUAUUCCAAGAUGGACAACAGCACGAGACAGCUGGUAGCUGACUGGAUUAGAAGAUUCCUUACCAUACAUGUUUGUGAAAAAAAUUCAGCAAAGGAGUGGCUACUGACCAACUGGAAGAGUUUCCAAAGUUACGCAUCAUAUAAUGACCUCGCUUCUUGCUGGAGCAGCUUUGAUGGGUUCACAGCCCUCGAGGUCCUCAGUGCCCGCCAGCUGGCCCAGCUCACCGCACGCAGCAACGCGCUGGCCAACCGCAGCCUGGCCGCUGCCAUCGCCCCUGUCCUCAGCACCAACAGCAUCCUCUACCUUGAGGAUUACCUGGCCGAGCUAUCGACCUUAACCCUGAAUCCUUCGCUUGACCGUGGCGUGAUGUACUCGAUGCUGGAGACCAUUUUAACCAAAGUCAGACAGAACUUCCCAGAUCUGUGCUCGCCAUCCCUGAAGGAUUUGUUUCAGGUGAAACUGAAAAGGCUGCUCGCUGUUACCGAUGCAGAUAUAUUAAGGCUCUUCCCAACGAAAAUAGGCUGCACUGAUUUCCAAGAUAUCUACAAAGGACUGAAUUCUGUGCACCACGAAUUAGAUCCCAACACGCGGAGAGCUGUGUACCAGGCCAGAAUGGAUUUCCUCAACGGACAAGCAGCAAAAGAAGGAGCAGCUUGUACGUUCACCACUUCUACCAGCCGAGACUGGUUAGAGAACAACUUUGGAUUAUCGAGUAUUUACAGUGACUACAGUGAUUUCCUCCGCCUCAAUCCCAGCUUCAACGGGUUUGAGGUGACAGAUUUGUUAACUGCAGUGCAGUUGGGAAAGUUACUCGUCACCUCCCGUAUCCUCAUUGACAACAAGAGAGCCAGCGCAGAGGCAGAUGUGAUGGAGAUCAUGAAAACUCUCCAAACCCGGAAUAUCUCUGAAAUGCACAUCUUCCUGCAGGAGGUUAAUUCUCUUGUAGCACAGAUGCACGUGGAGAGAAUAACAAGCACUGGGGUUCGUGACAUAAUGCUCAAAGGCAUCUUCCAGAUCCUGAAGCCACAUUUUGCCUCCAUGACAAGACAAGACAUGGAAUCUCUGUUCAAUGGGACACUGACCUUGUACCUGGGCUCCAUCACGCAUGAUGAAUUACUGACCCUGCCUGCUGUGGGUGACUGCCCGCUCUUACACACCAUAGUGAGAGGUUUGGAUUAUGCAUUUGAUGACAUGACAACAGAGACAAAGACUGACAUAACCCAAUGGAUCGUGCAAACCCUUCCUCACUUAAAUUGUCAGAUGGAUGAAAACUGGAUGACUCUGAACUUCCGGAGAUUUGGAUCCACGGCUAACAUCACAGACUUUGUUGCUGCCUACGCAAACUUUACUGGGCUGGCAUUCCUGGAGCAGCUCACUGCAGUCCAGCUUGCCCAGUUAACACUGUCCCAAGACGUGUUCGGCUCUGUCACCAACAUCGAACAGAUCUUUGACAGAAUGACCAAGCUGCCGGGUGUCCAGGAGCUGGCCGCCUACUGGGAUGAGCUGAACUCUGCUUUAGAGGAGCCUUUUGCUGUCACCUUCAAUGUCUCCAUGGCAGUGAAGCACACCAUGUUGGCAAGAACAGUGCGGCAGCUCCGUUCUGUGCUCCCCACCUUCACAGACCACGACUACCAGCUCUGGUUUCAGAAGAGGCUCGUGGCUGUUCUGCCAGGCAUUGAUGCCACCAUCCUCCAGGACAUCCCCAGCACCAUGUCCUGUGGUUCCUACAAGUCUCUAAUUUCUGGGAUCAACAGAGUCUUCUCCGAAAUCCCUGCGGCUGCCAAGACUGAUGUCUAUAACUACAUCGUGGCGUUCCUCACCCAGCCGUCUGAGCUCACGGGUCCUGCCUGCUCCACCCAAACCACAACUAGAGACUGGUUAUUACAGUUCUUUGGAAAAUUCUGCACACAAGCACCUUACACUCAGCUGGUUUCACUCUACCACCAACCUUUUGAUGCAUAUGCGGUUUUGGAUCUUCUCACUCCCACCCAGAUCGGUGACCUGAUGGUGCACUCGGACACCCUGACCCGCAUGGAUGCAGCAGUCCAGCUUGUCCAGUUCUUCCAGCAAAGUAAAGCUGAGGAUAUUCGGAUGAUUCUGACACAGUUCACCAAGGCUGCAAGCAUGCGCAAGAUCACAGUCCUGCCAAACGACAAUAUUGCUCGGCUGCUCCUCCUGCAAUACCUGACCAGUGUGUCGGAGCAAACCAAGACAUACACUGCCGCCGACUGGAACAGCACCUUCCAAAACGAGCUGUACUACCUGCGCCCUGUCAUCAAUGAAUCCACGCUUGCCCUCAUUGUGCCGCAGGACUAUGAUUCCUUAGUUGCUGUUGUUACUGCCCUUGAUAACACUUACGGAUACAUGACUGAGUCCUCUAGAAGAGACGUAGCACUCUGGAUUACACGGAACCUCCAGAUUUUGAAAGCUGGUCCAACCAAGUCCACUACUGAAUGGAUACGAGUCACCUGGAAAUCCUUCUUCCACGAUAUAGCCCUCCAAGAAGUCACAGCAAUCAUCACCAACACUGACCUUGGCAAAAUUCUGGAUGUGCUGAGCAUCCAGCAGCUGGUGGAAUAUGGUCUGACUUCUGAUGCGCUGGUCAACGUGACCACAAUGCAGAACAUCCUGACUGUCCUGAGAGGUGAAAAUCUCCAAAUUCCAGUGCCUAAAAUGAGUGAAUUCCUGAUGAAGUUCAACCUGGCUCUGACACAGGAUGGCACCAUGGGCAUCAGAAACGACGUGAGGACGGAAAUGCUGACAACGCUCUUCACGGACCUUUCCAAGCACUUCUAUAAAUUUGCUGAUCUCGACUAUGAAUUCUGGUUCCUGAAGAACCUCAGAUUUCUCUUGCCCAGCAUAAACGUGGAUCUGCUGCAGUUAAUCCCAGCAGACCUGAGCUUCCCAGCCUACACAGCCAUAGUGAGAGGCCUGGAUAACGUCUUUCUAGAGCUUCCACAAAACACAUCCCAUGCUGUCUACCUCUUCAUCAAAAGGAUCCUGGAAGCUCAACUUACUCUUUCAGAAAAGGUAUUUCCUGGCACGUAUGACAGCAGCCGAAGUUUCUUGAAACUCAUCUUCUACAGAUUUUCACAUUUUGCUCCUUACCGUGACCUCACUGACUUCUACAAGGACUUUAACGGGUAUGAAGUUCUUGACCUUCUGUCUGCCAGACAAAUAGGAGAGAUGACGGUGCUCACAAAUGCAUUUAAGAGGGAACGCCUCGCUGUCCAGAUUUUGCUGGAGAUGGAGAAACGCUCCUUUGAGGAGCUCACUGAAUUCAUUAAGGCGCUGAAUGCUGUAGCAGAACAGAGGAAUCUCACUGUCCUUCCUGACCCCCGGAUUCGUGAGCUGCUCUUCGAUUUGCUUUUUAAAUCUUUACCACUCAGCACCUUUACAGCCCACGAAUACGCCUUCUGGUUUGGUUCGGAACUGCAGCUGUUCCUGCCAGCGAUGAACACCAAAUAUCUGCAGCUCCUGCCGCUGGAUAUCGACUGCCAGUCCCACCAAACCCUCGUGCGAGCAAUGGGCAGAGUGUACGAGCAUUACACCCACGAGCAGAGACUCUCCAUCUGUGACAGAAUACACAACUUUCUGGAGGCCUACCGGAACACUCAAGGUGUCACCUGUUCCCCAAACGCAAACAGCAGCACAUGGAUUGCUGUCAACUACGGCUAUUUCAGUGCCUUCACCACUCUGCACGACUUCUCUUCACUCAACCCGAAUUUCAAUGGGAUGUCAGCUCUGGAAAACCUGUCACCAGCUCAGCUGGCACAACUAAUGCUGGAAACAGGGGCUCUGGCUGAUGAAACAAGGGUGAUUCCCAUCCUGGACAACCUCCGCACACCAGCAGAUCUCGCCAAGUUCUUUGCCACACUAAACAACGUGGCACCGGUGGAGCUUCGGAAGAGCGACCUUGCCUAUCUCCUGCUAAGCACGGCCUUGCGUAAAAUAGCUCCCGGUUUUCCCCAAAUGAAAGCUGGUGGUUUCGCUGACUGGUUUCAAGAUACUCUACAAAACGUGCUGCACGCCGUGAAUGAGACGAUUGUUGCAGAGAUACCUGUCAAUAUUUCAUGUGAUUCCUAUCAGCAAAUGUUGAAGGGUUUCAACAAAAUCUAUGCUGACAUCCCCACAGAAAAUAUUCCCCACGUUUUUGGAUUCUGUAAAACCUUCUUGACAUUAAAAGUGAAAUCAGGUGUUGCAUGCGGCAGCGCAACCCAAAGCACUCAGAACUGGCUGGAAGUAAAUCUUGGAAACUUUAGCAAAUAUGCUGAGUAUCAGGACUUGAUCACUUGGAACAAACACUUUGUUGGAGUAGAUGUCUUGGACAAGUUAUCCCCACCACAACUAGCAUCCCUGACACUUUCAGCUGGUGCCAUUAAUGAGGAAGAGGAGAUGUGUCCAAUCCUUGCAAAACUGCACAAGAAACCAUCAGAGGAAAUCUAUCAGUAUUUAGACCAGUUCAACAGAGAGGCAGCCCAGCUGGGAAUAACCACCAUUAAUAAUAAGGAUGUGAGGAAGAAGAUGCUCACCCAGUUCACAGGAGACAUUGAGGGAGAAUUCCCAGCUUUCGGUCCUGCUGAAUGGACUCGUUUGCUUGCAAGACUUUCUCUGCUACUGCCAAGUGCUGGCAAGGAAGACACCAAACUCUUCCUGUCCCACAUCUCUGGUUGUGACAGUUUCCAAGUUCUCGUGUCCUCCUUGAGCCAGGUGUACACGGCCCUGUUGCCCGUGAAUCAGCAAGACAUCUCCAGCGCUUUGCUGACCUUCCUUGAAAGCCAACACACCACCACAGGUUCCGCAUGUGCUUUGGGCCAGGAAACAAGUCUGGAGUGGCUGCAAAAGAACUUGGGGGCAUUUGCAGCCAAUGCUCGUUAUGAAGAUUUCACCCGAUUAAUGACACAUUUCAGUGGGUUCAGCAUAAGGGACAAUCUCACCGCUACCCAGCUCGCCCAUGUAUUUUUUGACUCCGGCAUCCUGGAUGACCCCAGCAUGGUUGAAACCCUCCUGGUCUCCCUGGAAAGCAAGCCAGCUCUGGACAUCUCUGCGUUUGUCGCUGAGUUUGUGGCCAGAGCUUCUCAGCAAGGCAUAACAUCCCUGGCAAACGUGCAAGUUCGAGAUGCCAUGUUCAGUGCCAUCUUUCACAAACUCCAAGGCCAAUUCCCUACUUUUAGCAUCGCCCAGUACAAGGACUGGUUCCAGAACAAGCUCAGUUUAUGGCUGGGCAGCAUAAAUGCCUCUGCCCUUGCAGCUAUCCCAAGGAACAUACCUUGUAGCAUAUACCAAAUUAUAAUGAGCGGCUUAGACGGCAGCUUUCAGCAGAUGUCCCCUGCGAGCUGCCAGGAUGUUUACAGCUUUGCAAAGAGCUACCUGUCUGCGAAGGCUUCUCAAGGAGGCGGCCCGUGCGUUGAGAACACCAGAGGAAGCUUGGGAUGGCUACAAACAAACCUGGGCUCCUUCAGCUCCCUGGCUACAUAUGAAGACCUGACCGACAUGAACGCGGAUUUCAGCUCCAUCGAUGCUGUGGCCGGACUCAGCCCCAGGCAGCUGGCAACUUACACACUGGCCAGCGAUGUCCUGCGGGAUGUGGACAAAGCAGGCAAGGUCUUCAGCUCCCUGAGCUCUCACAACCUCGGGGAUUUCAUGGACGCAUUCAAUGCGGCUGCAAAGCAGCAUCAUCUAUCUCAGCUUCCUCACAGUGACGUGAGACGAUUCAUCCUGGGGCAGAUCUUCUGUCACUUAGGCACAGUAUUUGAGCUCUUCUCAACUGAGGACUACAUUGCCUGGUUUGGGAGAAGGCUCAGCCUCUUCCUCAGCGGCCUCAACGCACAAAAUCUCGGCUUCUUACCCAGUGACAUGACAUGUGACUCUCUUGCAGCCAUAGUGAAGAUCCUGAAUGAACAUGAAGCCCAAGGGCCCUAUGAGAAUCCAGAGCACAUCUACUCCUUCAUCAAGAGAGUUCUUCACUUCCAGCUGCAGAACUCAGGCUCUGCCUGCACACAGGGCGCUGCAGCGGACAGGGAAUGGUUGCUGCGGUAUUUUGGUUUAUUCGCUGCCUUUGGAUCAUACUCGGAUUUUGCAACACUGAAGCGCAACUUCCAUGGGCACGACUCCCUCGACCUUUUCUCAGCCGAGGCCCUGGCCCAGCUGACUGCUCAGAGCAAAACCAUCUACAGCCCCUCAGCUAUCCAGGAGGUCCUGAAGGUCAUUGGGGACAAGAAAGAGCCGCUCCAGUACCUCAGUGCCUUCCUAAAGGACUUCAAUGCUCUUGUCCUAAAGAGCCCUCAUGUCCUGGGAAGUGCUAAAGCUCGAGAAGCGAUGCUAAUGAUGUCGGCCAAGAUCAUCUUCCCACAAAUCCCCGACAUGUCCCUGGAAGACACGUCCAUGUGGCUGCAGAGACUGCGCGUUCUGCUCCCGCAGGUGAACGCGACGGUGCUGGAGCUGCUGCCGCGCAGGACACCCUGCCCGCACUACCAGGCGCUCAUUGCAGCAAUUGAUGGCAUCUACCCAGCUUUGUCAGCAAGGAAGAAACACGAUAUAUAUGCAUUUCAAAAGGCCUAUUUGACAGCCCAGUUCACAGACUCAGGAUCCGCAUGCCAGGAUGGAACAAGUGGGACCAAAGACUGGUUACAGAAGAAUCUGGGGGAGAUCUGUUCAGUAGCUAAACUAAGUGACCUUCAACCCUUUUACCCAGACAUUGUCGGAGUAAGUUUUACAAGUCUGUGCACUGCACAACAGAAAAAUUAGCACUGGUUUCCAAACAAAACAGCCUCCUGGGCUUUGCAUUUAUAAUAAUCAGUAAGGGCAAGAUGCAGGUGAUUCCUCACACGGUUGCUGCAUCUCUUACAGCAGGAAUCAGCUUGGGGUUAUAUGGGAGAGAUUAUCAGAUAUGACCCACGUGCAGCAUCAGGGGUUGAAAUACACCUGCCAGCUGUUUGCUUCUCUCUUCACAGUCUCUCUUUGAUCAAUGAUACUAAUUGUUAAUGCUGAUUAUCAGAACCAAUGCUAAGAGCCUGGAAUGCGUCUGAAAUAUAGAGGCAUAUUCCGCUGCAAGUGGCGAGGGGAACUUCUUUUAAAUCAUCUUUAAAAUCAAACUGGCUUAAAGAUCACAGGAAAAUUGCUCAUGUGGGUAUUACCUUUCCUAAUAACUCCAAUGAUUCUUCAAAUUACACUUUUGUCUUCAAAAAUACUACAAGUUAUUUGCUCAGGUCUGCUAAAACAACAGAUACAUUCUAGUACUCUGAGUUUAGUCUAAUCAGUAGCAAUGGGUUGCACACCCUGAAGACACAGUAAAUGAAUCUUUCAAGCUGCCUGUAUUAUGGUGCCAAGCUGUAACUACAACAAUGUAAAAAAGCAUUAAGAUGUCACAAAGGGCAACAGCAGCAAGACCAACAGGAACUGAAUCCUGCUAAACUAAUAUUUGAUUGGGAUGUAUGUACCUAAAUGUUACUAGAAUAUUGGUUUCACAGCAAAGACAGCCAUUGCACUAAUGAAAUAAGUACAACUUGAAAAUCCAACAAUUUUGCUUUCACGUGAAAACCAAAGAUUUUCUCUUCAUAUGAUGAUCUAAAAAAAAGUCCUGCACAGCUGUAAAACAUGUCUUAAGACAAUGUUUUAACUUCAUACACUCUGUAAGCCAGUGCUACUAUUUAUUACAAUGCUGAUUUUGUUUAAAGAAUUCAUGUGACACUACCUAUCCAAUCAUCAAUAAAAAUCACGUUGAACAACC